AUGGUCCAAUCUGUUGUUCCACGAAGCCAGUGGCAUAGAGACCGCCGCGGGGAUUCAGGACAUGGACGAGAGAGAGAAAAGGAUCUCAUUCGAUUCGGCGUGAACUCGUUGGAUGAUGCUGUCAUCGGCCAGGCCGUUGUUAUGUUGCGGUUUGUCAAGGGCGGUGCAGAGAAAGGAGGCAACGGCUUCUUUGUUAAUAUCCCGGGCCAGGACAAGGCCGUUAUCUUCACAGCCGCGCACAACCUGAUUGAUGUGGAUGGAACCAGGACAACAAAUUUUCGAGCGUGGUGGCAGGGAGCGGACCGCUGGGCCCAGAUUGAAGAGAAAGACACUCACAUCAGCAGCGUGUACUCCAAGACACCAACCAAGGAUUCUGCAAUCGAUGACUUUGGUAUUAUUCUUGUGGCCAGAAACAAUAUCCCACCACCUCCAACCACGGCGUUUGGGUUUGGGCUGCGGCUUGGAGAGGAGGACAGAAUUGACGGUCUUUGUAACGUUUCAAGCUAUUUAGUUUCAGCUCAACAGGGCGACAAGCCAACCAGGAGUACUGGUAAUUUUAUCAACCCACUGCUGAAGGAACAUCAGCUGGAGUACUUGGUGCCCACUGAAGCUGGUGUCAGCGGCUCGGUUGUCUGGGUGGGAUAUAACGGGAGCCCUGUAGCUGUGGCAGUCCACAACUACGGGCCAAAGAGAAAGAGCCCCAAAUAUGGUAGUCUUGGCUCUCGAAUCAAUCUCAAGAUGAUGAGAGAGAUAUUGGAGUGGACAGGCGUUUACCAUCGCGCGACCAAGAUUGUAGCCCAGCCUCUGGGCAAGAAACAGGCAGCUCCACAGCACCCUCUGACUUUGACAUGGUCUGAUGAUGACAAGGCCUUCCGAGUACACGUCCAGGACGACGCAGACCCAAGCGACAAGCCGGAUGAGUCCGUCUUCGAGGCACUGCCGGUGUUCUCCUCCGCCAUGCUCCAGGGCAAGGAGCCAAGGGCGGAGUUCGGGUUCGCACAGCCUGAUACUAGAGCCACAGCUAAACCUGGAGCUGUUCGUUGGGUAUCAUGGAACACUGAGUGGGGGUCGGCAGGCAUGUCCGGCAGUCUAGGCCGAGCACGACUUGCCCGCUUGGAAAAGAAGGGGAUCUCUUCGACUAUCUCUCUCAACUACCAGGGCAACUUAUUGGAUGUUGUAUUUCGGACUGAUCGAGAUGUAGUGGAUGAAUGGGAACUCAAGUUCCCUGGUAGUGACUUCUCAGGUGUUGCCUACCAAUCUCGCGGAAAUCAGGAUUACCAGUGUGCCUUCUAA